AUGAGUUUCAAGCGUUUCAUUCCAAAGAUAUGGAUCAAUCCGACAGAUGUUGGAAGACAUCAUGAGAUAAAUACCGACAAAAGGGAGCAAAUAUGCGGCGACAUUGACGCACACGGCUUCGACUGGCAGGUCUGGGCUGUCGCUGGCUCCGGAUUCUUCACCGAUAGUUACAACCUUUUUGCUACCAAUGUCAUCUUACCGUCGCUAGCGUUUAUCUAUUGGAACAAUGACGAAGAUUCCGACCAUGAAACCGCCAUCAAUGCCAUCACUCUAACCGGUUCAUUACUUGGCAUGUUGAUCUUUGGGUGGCUGUCAGAUCGAUAUGGCAGGAGGAAGUUGUAUGGCCUGGAGUUGAUCGUGGUUAUCUUCGGAACUCUUGGUCUUGUUCAGUCUUCCGCGGGAUACAAUGGGUCCAUGAGUAUCUUGGGAUGGCUUAUGUUCUGGCGAUUCUUCGUGGGGCUUGGAAUUGGGGCUGAAUAUCCUCUUUCCGCAGUUAUCACAGCCGAGUUCGCCCCUCGAAGAUCUCGAGCACGCAUGAUGGCCUCGGUUUUCUUGAUGCAGCCUCUUGGACAACUUCUGGCCUAUGUUGUUGGAUUAGCUGUCCUCCUCACUGUGGGAAAGGAUUCUGGUCUCGAUAGGCUUACAGCAGACUCGGAUAGACAAGCGGCUGCCACAAUUGUUGACCGUAUAUGGAGAUAUGUGGUUGGAGUUGGAGCGAUUCCUGCUUUGAUUGCAAUCAUCUUCCGACUGACUAUCCCAGAGUCUCCACGAUACACGUUGGAUGUAGACAAUGAUGGGGCUAGAGCAUUGAGAGACACGCGGAAAUACUACAAUAUCCAUCGAAAUUCGUCAAGCGGUGGUAGCGGCAUGCUUCAGUACCGUGACGAUGAUGAAGAGAACGGAGGAUUGACGCAAGUCUCAAGGGCCAGGCUACAGCAUGAUGUCGCGCCGGAAGACGACGACGACAGCAUGGAGGUCGAAGAGUUGGGAAAUGGUGAGGAAGGGGACGAGCAUGAGAAAGAAGAUGAGACUCUCCCUGACCCAUUCUCCUGGCUAGAAUUGAAAAGGUUCUUCUGGGACGAAGGCAACAUCAAUUAUCUCGCGGGAACAUCAAUCACUUGGUUUCUUCUCGACUUUGCCUUCUACGGCUUGGGCAUCAAUAAUCCCCGCGUAAUCGCUCAGAUUUGGUCCUCACAGCCUGUGACCGACAUACAGAAAGCUACAGAGACGCCAGAUUGGGCGAACCCUUCCGAUCCCGGUCUUUCAAUCUACGAAACUUUAAAACAAGACGGAAUUCGUUCCAUAAUCACCGUUUCAGUGGGCUCUAUGCUGGGCAGUAUUAUCCUAAUCAAGGUGAUAAACUACGUCCCCCGGAAGGCAUGGUUAACCUGGUCGUUUGUCGCAAUGGCCGUCCUCUUCGCCGUCGUAGGCGGCUCAUAUUUCAAGGCCGCAAACUCUGAUCUCCAUGCCCUAACGAUUGUUCUUUAUAUUUUCUGUCAACUUCUCUUCAACUUGGGGCCAAAUACACUGACGUUCAUCAUCCCUGCGGAGAUCUUCCCUACUCGUUAUCGCGGAACAUGCCAUGGGAUAUCUGCCGCCGCCGGGAAGCUGGGCAGUAUUGUCGUGCAGGCUUUUCUGCCUUUCACGAAAAUCACCAACCCUAACUCCCUAACUCUUGGUUGGAUAUUGGUAGGAUUUUCGUUUGCAAUGGCUCUCGGAGCUUUGUUCUCAUGGGCCUGGGUGCCUGAGGUUCAGGAUGCGAGAGGAACAGACAUGGAGGAUACAAGGCGUCGGAAAUCGAGACUUAGGGCGUACGAAGUGCCGAGUAAGACACUCGAGGAUUUGGCUACGGGUAGGGCGGGCGUGGUCGAUGAACGUCGUGAGAUUGGAUUCAGAAAGAAGGGCAGAAGGCUUCUCAGGUCCAGGAGAAAGCAGGCCGCAUCAUAA